AUGCUUAAUUUCAUCCCAAGGACAUGCCCCUCAGUGGCGCUCCUCUACGGCAAGCGGCCGCUGCAACGGAUCGCUGUGGGCGCUGCUAAGCAGCAGCUAGAGAUACCCUUGGGCGUGGUGGCGGACAUCCCCGGCAAAGUUGACAGUAGCGUUUCCUAUGUGGGCAACAAGUACAACGCCUUGCCCUGGAAGGACUUUGUGGACAUUAAGCUCGAUGCGCGCAACUUGAUCGAAGCCGAUGUCAAGUCGGCUUUGACAGAUUUGGAUUGGUUUGGAAAGGUGAACGCGCUCUACGCGGGCAAGCAGACCGAGACGGAGCUGGACGUCGCGGCCAAGACGAUCGGGGCGAUGAAGCCAGUGAAGUAUCCAGUUGCGAAGAAGUGA